GUAUAUCAAAUACUAUAAAUGAUUAUAGUAUUUGGUUAAAUUUUAAACAUUUGUUCGAUCAAUUUCGUGUUAUUAUUUACAUUUUACACAAAACUUUAUAAUAUAAUUCUUUACAAAGUGAACCUAAGUAUAAGUAACAAUAAUUGUAAUAAUUAUUAUAUUACAUUAGUUGUCAGAACCGUUUUUAAAAUGAACACAAUUCAAAUAUCGAAUAUGAGGCAAAAAACAAGUAUACUUGAUAAGUCAAUUAGCAAAGGUAAAGGCGAAAUUAACAUGAAUUGUUUUGCAUUGAUGUUUUCUGAACUGGUACAAUACUGUCAAGGAAAGGCUCAUACAGUAAAUGAAUUACAAAUGAGGUUGUCUGACUUAGGACAAGAAGUCGGUACGAAAUUAAUAGAUUUACAUUUUCUACGUGAAAAAAACAGCAAACGUGAGAUAAAGCUAUUGAAUAUGCUGUUGUUUAUUAAAUCCACUUUCUGGAAAAGUUUCUUUGGUCGUGAAGCUGACAAAUUAGAACACUCAAAUGAUGACGAUUCCACUUAUUAUAUAAUUGAAAAAGAGCCAUUAGUAAAUAAAUUCAUAUCCGUUCCUAAAGAUAAAGGUAAUUUGAAUUGUGCCGUAUUUGUGGGUGGCAUAAUAGAAGGAAUACUAAAUUCAUCGGGUUUUAAUGCUAAAGUUACUGCACAUUGGCACAAAGGUACUACUUACAUGGUAAAAUUUGAAGAUCAUGUUAUAACCAGAGACAAACAAAUGGAUGAACGUUAAUAUUAUUAAACAAAGAUCGAUUUUUGUUUUGUUGUUAACUGUACCAUGUAUAUAAAUUUGUUGUAAAUUAAAUAUUUUCUUCCAUAGUAAACUGAAUACAAUAUAAACAUUCACGCUAAAUAAAGAACAUUGCGGUAUCUUUA